AUUGUGCGUGUUGCCAGGGCGGACGGGGCUGCGAACGUGUGAUCUGUUCGGCUCCUAACUUAAAAGGGAAUAUUGAUCGUAAGAGGCAUUUAAAGAGGUUCUUAGCGUUAGAGGCUUUCUGGAAACCCGUCGUGGUUCUACUUAGCCAAGUAAGGUGUGACACAGAACAUAUCCUUCGCUUUUUGGGAAUCGAAAGCGAAACAAACGACCAGACCAGUCCUUGUAAGGUGUCUUAAAAUCACUCCAAGGUUUCUCAUUAAAACUGAAGAUGCCAGUCACUUUUUCAGGGUGGCAAGUGGUGGAAGGCAGAAAGCCACUGCAUGGGGGUGAGGAGCCUAUGGGGGGGCAAGUCUACACCAUGUACCAUGGCACGCACAUCAAAAAUGCCACAACUAUCAUCACCCAGGGCUUCCAGCGCUCCCAAGAUGGUCUCCUGGGGGCUGGUGUAUACAUUAGUCGAAACAAAGAUAAAGCCAAGUGCUACCCUCUGAAGGUGGAUAAGAAAGAUAAGGUGGUCUUUAAGCUGCGGGUGAAUGUGGGCAAAGUGAAGAAGAUUGACUGCGACAACCACCCUCUACAGAAAUCCUGGCACCAGAAUGGCUAUGACUGCGCCUGGGUUCCCCCAAAGAGCAACAUCAGCAGCAUCAAAUCCGGCAGAGAAGAGGACUGUGUGUGGGACCCCAACAACAUCAAGAUUGUGGACGUGGCUUGCUGUAUGGACCGGGUCAAAUGCAAGGACCUCCGCAAGCUGAUAAAGUCCCAGAGGAUGUCAGGAGAAGAGUGCACCUACUGCCUUCAAGACAUGGGCACUGGUCCACAUCCGAUCCAAAACUGCUGGCAGUGCAACAAGUCAAUCUGCCCCUUCCAACGGAAACAUUUCUGCGAACAAAAUUGAGACUUUCCACACUGGAAAAGCCUCAUUGUUGCAAAUGGGAAUGGUUCGCACCAUACAUUUUAUCAAUUAAAUUUAUCCCACAGAAAUCAUAAAGACUGACAUAUAAUCACACUGCAUUCUGAAAUAUUGAACUGUUGUAGGCCUACUCCUAGAUGAUUAAACCUGCAUUGGGAAAUUAAGUCUUCAGAAAUAAAGAUAAUGAUAAUAACAUGAGCCUAUUGUUAUAAUCAGUUCAGAGUAAUAAUAGAAUAACCUUUUCUGCAUUUUUAUUUUCUAUUCAAAAACAGGAGAUAUUGGUGAAGCCCUGUAUUGUAUUAGACUAUGGUCCUGUAUGCAUGUCAUAAUCGUAGUGUUAAGUAUGACCGAACAAAUUAACUUGUAAAUUACAAAAAAUGCUAGUUAGGCGAUGAGUAUUUCUAUUCAAAAUAAAGCCCGACCUGUUGCUAUUCUA